UUAAAUUGCACCAAACAGGGAAUUUCUUCGAGUCUGGCUAUGUCCCGAGCUCCUCUACAAAUGGCGGCUGUCCUGGAAUGGGCACUUGGGCAACGCAGCCAGCAGCAUUUCUCCGCACAAAAAUCGCCAGCAGUAAGGUCAGCAGCUGGAGAUAAGAGCUCGCUAUCGUUUUGCAGGCGGAGAAUCAGCAUUGCGAUUUGCAUCGCGACUCUGGCACCGAGGAUUGAGGUAGCGUUUGCUCGGGGAAGGAACAAAAAGGUGAUUCCCAUCGAAGACUACAAAACCGCUGCUGACGGUCUAAAGUAUUACGACGUUCUCGAAGGCAACGGUCCUGUUGCUGUCAAAGGCGAGACUGUAGUAGUUCACUUUGAUUGCUUGUACCGUGGAAUAGACGCCGUCUCUAGUCGAGAAGCAAAACUCCUGGGUGGGAAUCGAAUUAUAGCUCAGCCUUACGAGCUUAUCGUAGGAUCUGUUCCCGGCAGAGAACGAAAGCGAGAGUUUGUAGACAAUGCCAAUGGCCUCUUCUCGGCCCAGGCCUCGCCAAAGCCGCCUCCCGCGCUCUACACAGUCGUCGAAGGCAUGCGUGUCGGAGGCAAGAGAACUGUGAUCGUCACCCCUGAUGUCGGCUAUGGAGAUAGAGGGAUGAACGAAAUUCCUCCAAAAGCUACAUUUGACAUGAGCGUAGAGUUGCUGGAGCUGAAAAAGUAGGCGCUACAAAUAAGUCAACCAAGGAAGUAUUCUAAAGCAUGUACGUUCACAAGUAACGAUCAAGGUAGGCGUCCACAGUC